CCGCGUGCACGCACCACAAAACGAAUAAAACGACUGGUUAUUUGGUUAUUUUGCCGUCUAAAAAGUUAGAAUUUCAUGAUGAGGUUACCUCCUUUACCUUCUGUGAGAGACAUUAUUCGCAUCUACAAGCUGAGGGCAUUGAAACAGCUCUCUCAAAAUUUCUUGCUAAAUGAAAGAAUCACACGAAAAAUUGUCAAAUGUGCUGGAAAAAUUAAAGAUAAAUUUGUGUGCGAGGUUGGCCCGGGUCCUGGAGGAAUCACGAGAGCUAUUCUAGAAGCUGGCCCGAAAGCUGUCGUCGUUGUCGAAAAGGAUCGACGUUUUUUCCCAACGUUGAAGAUGUUGCAAGAGUCUGUGGACUCCCCUUUAGUAAUUGUUCACGGGGACAUCCUCAGUUUUGAAAUGGACAAUGUUUUCCCUGAGUACUUAAAAAAACCCUGGGAAGACAAGCCACCGGACAUCCACAUCAUCGGAAAUCUACCAUUCAGUGUCUCAACAGCGCUCAUUGUGAAAUGGAUGGAGGAUAUAUCAGAAAGAAGGGGCGCAUGGCGGUAUGGAAGGACGCCUCUUACGUUGACGUUUCAGAAGGAGGUUGGCGAAAGGAUGGUUGCCGACACUGAGGAUGAGCAGAGGUCCCGGUUAUCGAUAUUGUGCCAGUAUCUCUGCGAGGUAGAAUCUAAAUUCAUCAUACCUGGUAGUGCCUUCGUUCCAAAGCCUGAAGUGGAUGUAGCUGUGGUACACUUUGUUCCACGUGUCGAACCUCGCAUCAAAGUGCCAUUCAAACGAGUUGAGAAAGUAAUCCGCUUGACGUUUCAACAUCGGAACAAGGUCUUGAAAAAUUGUAUCGACACAUUCUUCCCUCCCCAACGUCCAGAUCUUGUCGAAGAGAUUUUCCGACGAUCGAUGCUCCAUCCAGGUUUACGACCGCGGCAACUCACCCUCGGGGACUUCAGAACGCUAUGUGACAUUUACCACGCGAUCUGCGAACGAGAACCAGAAAUUGCCAGUUACCAUUUCCGAUCGCGAAAGUCGGUGACGGAGUGGAACAAACGUAAGGCAAUAUGGCAGUCGAUAGCGGAACAGGGCGGGAUUCCUAGUCGAGACAUUUUAGCUGAAGAUUGUGAUAUGAACGUUUUUCAGGAACCAUUGGAGACAAGGUAGCGGGUUUCUCCAUCGUCUGUCGGCCUAAAUAAUUGUUUGUCGAAUGUUAGUUAUGAUAAUUGUGAGGGAAGGUAAUUAUAGCUAACUCGACUCCAUCCCAUGCUUCAUGGCUGUGAAUCCUAACAAUGGGUUUGCUAUGUAACUAAGUUCCAAACACUGGGUUCUUCGCAUUGUCGGUGUCAUGUUGGAAAGAAGAAGAAAACCUCUUCCUCGACAAUCUCAAAAUGCUCUAUCGCCCCCCUCAUCUGGGUUGGGGGGUCAUAUGGUGAAGGGUUGAAAGACAUCUCCUAGGGUAAUUGUAAGGGCGGGGGGUACAGCUGGAGGUGGAACAAUAUCGUCUUCAACAUAUUGCACAACUAGAACUUGAGUCUUUGGUCUGCAAGUGGGGAGAGGGGCAGCUGGAGGCAGAACAAUAUCGUCUUCAACAUAUUGCACAACUGAAACUUGAGGCUCGGGGUCUGGUAGUGGGGGGGGGGGGCAGCUUUUGGUGGAACAAUGAGGCUUUGGGUCUGCAUUUCAUUCACGAUGCAUCUAUAAAUAUAUACAUAUUGUGACAAGAGAAAAUGUCAGAGUUGACAGUAAAUUAUUUGCCUUGUUAACUCAUAAUUGUUUAUUUAAAAUGUUUGAAAUGUGAGAUUAUAUUGUUCAUUUUGACCUGCAUUUUGUAAAAUUUUAGAAAAUAAAUUAUCAAGGGCACUGUGUGGUCUUGUUGUGCAGA